AUGUCUAAAUGUCAGGAAAGGGAUUUAUUUCCUGAUCCAUUAUAUAUAUACAUGGAUUUCGAAAAGUCUGCUAUGACCACGGUUAAGAGUAUCAUUGGGGAUCACAUCAUAAUUAGAGGAUGUUUUUACCAUUUGUGUCAAAGUACACAUAGAAAAAUUCAGAAGCUGGGUCUGGAAAGCGAAUAUAGGACGGAUGAAACUCUAAGUUUUUUUUGUGGCAUGAUGGACGGCUUAGCAUUCGUUCCGUUAUGUGAUAUGGAUAAUGCAAUGACAUUCCUUAGAUCAGUUACUCCGAGCAAUGGUAAGGACAUUCUCGAUUAUUUCGAUAAAAAUUAUGUCAAUGGAGUAUCAAGGAAUGUCAUGAGAAGCAAUUCUCAAUCCCAAACACGUCGAAUUGAGCCUCGAUUUCCUCCAGAAACCUGGAACGUGAAUCAGAGUACUCUCUCAGAUGAAGAACGAACAAAUAAUCAAUGCGAAGGUUGGAAUCAUCGUUUUUCUAAUCUGGUUGGUAAUAAACACCCAUCAAUCUGGGUACUCAUUAAAAAAAUGAAAUGCGAGGGGGCUGCCGACGAAACCAAACUUGAAAGAUGGCGCGUAGGUAGUUGGACAUCUAAAACAAAAUCGCAGAGUUCUAACAACCAGAUUCGGCUAAAGAAACUUUGCGAAGAAUACCGUGAUGGGGUGCGAAGCCUUCCGGAUUUUAUAAGAGCGAUAUCCUUCAAUAUUCGAUGUCAACCAAUAUAA